AAGUAUAAAAUCCAAAGAUUUAACUGCAUCUCGUGUUGAAUUUUAUCUAGAUUAAUAUAUAUACUGGUAUUUGACUUGGCAACGUAAAUUUUCCUACCGAUGAGUAUUGAGUCUCCGAAAAGUAUCAGUAGUUGAGGCACGUAGUGGCGACGAACUAAUGGCAGAUUCGUCGCGUCGGGGUUAUUCGUGUGUUUAUACGGUGAUAAUGUGCGAGUUUUCCCGAUAUUUUUAGUGCUUCUGUUCUGUGUUUGUGAGAUUUUUGUGUGAAUUAUGGCGGACUUAACAGCGCCACCGUUCAGUGACAUAAAGCGUCCUGAGGACGUAGUGACAAUGGCUAUGAAAGACAACUUAAAGUUCGGUGUUCUUAUCGGCUUGAUCGAAGUUGGACAGGUGUCAAAUAAAGAAGUCGUCAAUACUGUACUUCAUUUGCCGCCCCCGCACCUCGAUAGAAUGUACUUCUGGACUCAGGCGAAGCGAGAUCCGUGCGGCGGGUUCAUGGGAUGCUGGAGAGACGGGUUCAAAGAGGAAGCGAACAGAAUGUGCAGACAGGCCCAAGAGAGCUACCAUCGCAUCCCGACAGCGGAAAGGAGUCGAUCACGGUGUCGGGUCGCGGAAAAAGCCGAGUGCCAACCCAAGUACUGCGGGUCCAUCGGCGUUUGCAUGUUCUACUGCAUCACCGACAGUGAUGGCGGCCGUCAAUGGAUGUCCAUCCGGAAGGUCGCCGGCUUCGGACAUUGAAAAUAACGCCACUUUUUGGAAGUACCUUCAACCGUUCGUCAGAUUUUGUUUCCCGUAUGUGUGAAACAGCUCCUGUAAAAUAUUAAUCAUCAAAUGAGUGGCGUAUUGCAGUGAAGAGAAAGUGAAAUGAAAUGAAACGAAACGUAAAGACCCAACAACGCAAACCAAGCACGCUAAAACCGCCCUCAUUUCGGGACGAUACAGCACGCGCACACCGAUGCUCGAAUAGUUGCUCGUUGUGUUUAUGUCAGAGCCGUGUUAUUAUUUUCGAGCACGCAACGUACUAUCUCUGGAUUCUUAUAUAAAUAUUAAUUUCCCAAACAUUGGUUUUUGCGUGUUAUUUGAUUCUCGACUUCAAUACUGUGUGUUGCGUUUUUCGUCAUGACGAAAUGAGCGAAGACGUGAUUUUUACGUACAAUACUUUUGUUAUGAGAGAAAUAAAAUAGAGGUAGUAACCGCAGCAAUCAGGUCUGCUUGGAGAGAGAUAUACAAGGAAGCGAAUGUAAAUAAACUGAAACAAUCUCGCAAA